CCGGGAGACUGACCGGCAGGCCACCGAGCUCCAGGAGGAGGACCCUGAGGACCUGGAUGAAAAAUGGGCUCCAAGGCAGCAAGUGAAAUCUUCUUGGGUGGCCUUCAGAAGGGAACAGACUAAACACCAGAAUGUGAGUAUUUCCCAGAUUCUGUUGACAAGAAAAUUUUCCUCAUGGAUAAAAAUGCAGGCAACAUCCGGGGUGCCAUUAAGCAAUGAAUAUAGUUUGAAGGAAUUGUCAGGAACAGCGAAUUUGAUGACUGCAAGUGACUCAGAGCAGGCCCAGAAACCAGUGUCCCCUCCUGGAGAAACACGUGCCUUUGGAAAGCACACUAGACAAAAAUCGGAACUCAGGAGAAAGGAGAUGGACGUAGAGAUGUACAGCCUACAAGAAAGAAAGGACUGUGUGUACCAAGAGGUCACUGAGCCCCAGGAUGAUGACUACCUUUAUUGUGAGAAGUGUCAGAACUUCUUCAUCGACAGCUGUGCUGUGCAUGGGCCCCCUACAUUUGUAAAGGACAGUGCAGUGGACAAGGGGCAUCCCCACCACUCAGCCCUCACCCUGCCCUCUGGGUUGCGAAUCGGGCCAUCGGGCAUCCCUGAGGCUGGGCUUGGAGUGUGGAAUGAGGCAGCUGAUUUGCCAGUGGGUCUGCACUUUGGCCCUUAUGCAGGACACAUCACAGAAGAUGAAGAGGCAGCCAAGAGCAGAUACUCCUGGCUGAUCACCAAAGGGAGAAACUGCUACGAGUAUGUGGAUGGAAAGGACAGAUCCUGGGCCAACUGGAUGAGGUUUGUGAACUGUGCCCGGGAUGAUGAAGAGCAGAACCUGGUGGCCUUUCAGUACCACGGGCAGAUUUUCUACCGAACCUGCCGGGUCAUUAGGCCGGGCUGUGAGCUGCUGGUCUGGUGUGGGGACGAGUAUGGCCAGGAGCUGGGCAGCAAGUGGGGCAGCAAGUGGAAGAGAGAGCUCAUGGCAGGAAGAGAAAAUAAACACCAGUGGGGGAUUCUUCAUCUCCAAGUAAGAGAGCGUGGUGGAUUGGCCAGAGAGAAACAAGAGUCAGCAGAACCAAAGCCAGAGGUGCACCCAUGUCCCUCCUGCUCUCUGGCCUUCUCCAGUCAGAAAUUCCUCAGCCGACAUGUGAAACUCAAUCAUCCCUCUGAGAUUCUCCAAGGAAGAUCUUCAAGAAAACAGCUCCAAGCAGAGGAACCCAGUCCAGAGGAUCAGAAUCAGCAGCAGCAACAUACUAGUAUGCACAGCUGGAAUGAUAAAGCUGAAGGUCAAGAGGUCAAAGAAAGGUCCAAACAUUUGCUUACAAAGAUCAGUCAAAGGAGAAUCUCAAAACCCUUUUUCCAACCAUCCAAAGAACAAAUGAGCUCUAGUGAGCACGAGAGACUGAUGGAAGAAGAGCCCCGGAGAGGCCAGAAAGAGAAUCCAGAGGACACAGGCAAGUUCUUUGUGAAAGGAGGAAUGUCAAAGAUUGUAACAAUCGAGCAUGGAGGGUGUUGGCAGGGCAUUGAUGAUGGAUCACAUCUCAUCACACAUCAGGUGACACAGUCUGGGGAGAAGCCCUAUGUUUGCAGGGAGUGCGGGAGAGGCUUUGCAUACAAGUCAUAUCUCACCAGACACCAGAGGACACACUCUGGGGAGAAGCCCUAUGUUUGCAGGGAGUGCAGGCGAGGCUUUACACGGAAGUCACAUCUCAUCUCACACCAGAGGACACACUCUGGGGAGAAGCCCUAUGUUUGCAGGGAGUGCAGCAGAGGCUUUACAUGCAAGAGAAGUCUCAUCACACACCAGAGGACACACUCUGGGGAGAAGCCCUAUGUUUGCAGGGAGUGUGGGCGAGGCUUUGCAUGCAAGUCAGUUCUCAUCAAACACCGGAGGACACACUCUGGGGAGAAGCCCUAUGUUUGCAGGGAGUGCGGGCGAGGCUUUACAUGCAAGAGAGAUCUCAUCACACACCAGAGGACACACUCUGGGGAGAAGCCCUAUAUUUGCAAGGAGUGUGGACGAGGCUUUACAUGCAAGUCACAUCUCAUCACACACCAGAGGACACACUCUGGAGAGAAGCCCUAUGUUUGCAGGGAGUGCGGGCGAGGCUUUACAUGCCAGUCAAAUCUCAUCACACACCAGAGGACACACUCUGGGGAGAAACCCUAUGUUUGCAGGGAGUGCGGGCAAGGCUUUACACGCAAGAGAAGUCUCAUCACACACCGGAGGACACUCUCUGGGGAGAAGCCCUAUGUUUGCAGGGAGUGCGGGCGAGGCUUUACAUGCAAGAGAAAUCUCAUCACACAUCAGGUGACACACUCUGGAGAGAAGCCCUAUGUUUGCAGGGAGUGCGGGCGAGGCUUUACAUGCAAGAGAAAUCUCAUCAGACACCAGAGGACACACUCUGGGGAGAAGCCCUAUGUUUGCAGGGAGUGCAGGCGAGGCUUUACACGGAAGUCACGUCUCAUCACACACCAGAGGACACACUCUGGGGAGAAGCCCUAUGUUUGCAGGGAGUGCAGGAGAGGCUUUACAUGCAAGACAAGUCUCAUCAUACACCAGAGGACACACUCUGGGGAGAAGCCCUAUGUUUGCAGGGAGUGUGGGCGAGGCUUUCAGAUCUAA